AUGGUCCUCUCGAGAGCUGUGGAGGAUGAUGACCAUGGUCUCACCCUGUUUCCGUUGAUUGACUUUUGCACCCACAGCUUUUCCCCCAAUGCUCGCAUCAUGGUAUGCAAAACGAAAGAGGAAAACUCUAAAUUCGGCGUCAAGUCACAUGAUAGUUCUGUUGUCUCUGCUCAUCUCAUAUCGCUCAGGGAAAUCAAAGCUGGUGACGUGAUCACCCGCCUGUUUGACAGGCGUGGAGUGGAAUCUACGGAAGACAGAGAGUAUUGGAAAAUGCGGUGGGGUUUUGUUCCUGCCAAGAAUAGUUAA